AUUAAGUGUGUGCUUGGGCUAAUGUUUUUAUUUUGGGUCGUCAUUUUGAUGAAAGAACCCUAUGGACAUCCGCAUUUUAUCACUGUUUCUGAAAAGAUAUGACCUCAUCUGGAGGUGUUAGAGGGUAAACAAGAUGGGGAACUGUCUCAAGACCCCGACGACGGAUGAUAUUUCCCUUUUGAGGGGAAGCGACAGUCAGAGUGACUCUCAUCACGAUACAUCAGAUUUGGGUCCUCCACCACCAUAUCAGGAAAGUGUUCCAAUUUAUCAUCCUGCUCCAAAUAUAAGUCGCCCAGCACAUCAACUGACUGAAGAAGAACAGAUCAAAAUAGCCAAACGGAUAGGUUUGAUCAACCAUCUUCCAACGGGAAUCUGUGAUGGAGGUAGCAAGAAAAUUAAGGAGUGUGUCAUAUGCAUGGGAGAAUUCACUGUUGGAGAUUCAUUACGCUACCUGCCGUGUAUGCACACUUAUCAUAAAGACUGUAUAGAUGACUGGCUUAUGCGCUCAUUCACUUGUCCUUCAUGUAUGGAGCCGGUUGACGCUGCAUUGCUGAGUUCCUAUGAGAACAAUUGUUGACUGUGGCUGGGCCACACCUUAGGCAAAGAAUAAAAGAUGUGGUUUGGGUUAAACCUAGGUUCUUUCAUGUACUUCGUGAAGGUUCUACCCAAAAUUUGUCAUGAAUUAGUUAAAGCUUAAUGUCAUCAAAUCAUGGAGGCAUUUGUACUUCACAAAUCAAGACGAAUUCCUCAACCACGUCUUUCAUUUUUUGCCAUGUCAAUCAUUUGUACAAACUUGUAAAUGGAAGGAAUAUUUAUGAUAGACUGUGACAGUUUCUUAGGCAUAAAAUGUCAUUGUGGCUUGAUUGACAAGUAUGAGGAUGGUGAGCUGAUGGCAGGAUAGACAUCCAGGUGUGAAGCCAACUUCCCUCAAAUGGAUAGUGAUUUUACUUAACUUUGUUCAUUUUGUGAGAACACUGAAGGGAAUGAUUAUGAUAAUGGAUGUUGAAAAAUGUCAAGCUUAUUCGAAUAGCAAACAUGUUGAAAUGGCUGACCGUUGCCAUUGGAUAAAGAUAAUGAUGCUCGGGUGUUAAAUCUAGGGAAUAUCAAAAUCAUCAUCAAGCGGUUGAAUACAUUUUGUAGUGUCAAGUAAGUGUAAAGACUUCAUACAGAGUUGGUAGUGUGUAUUCUUCAAAGAAAUGAUUGCUACAAAUAAUUCAAAGUUCACUCCAUUAGUGUGGUGAUUUGGAUUGAAAUCCCGGUUACAGACUUGCUGGAAAUAGACAAUAGACUUGCUGGAAUCCUUUGUGUGUUGGUGAAAUAGAGUGGCAGGGGAACUGAUAUAUUUUAGCAUUUUCACCCCUCAAUUUCACCAGCCCACAAAGGAUACUGGCAAGUCUGUUGUCUCAAGUCUCUGGCAAGCUUGAAAUCGUCUUCCCAAUGUCCACAUUUUCAGUUUGUUAACCUAAGUUGAAACCCUACAAAUACGAUGAUGUAGUUGAAAAGAAGGGUGUACACAGUAAAUUUUGUGCUGUACCUUUACGUUUUAACAUGCGUUACAGGAGAAAUGGUAGCAGCUUUUUAUUUGUAAUUGACUGGGGAUCUGAUCUGAGCAUAGCUGAAAUAUACAGCGUCUUAUCUUUUGGCAGAGUGCAAUACUAGAUUAAUGUUAGAAACUGAUGUGAUGGUCAACACUGUGCUAGUAUAAUGUAGUCGGAGUAGGCAUGAUGUUUUCCUAAUGGUACUUUCUAUAAUUAUCAAUCAAUGCAGUGUGCGGACAAGAAUAGUCUCUUCAUCAUAAGAAAUUAUUAAAUCCUCUGGAGCAGAAAUCUUCACCUAGGUUAAAUACAAGUAUUUUGCAAUAGAUGGUAAGCUGUACCUGUCUUAUCCACUCAGUUUGAAAACAUUCAUGACUGUGUUUCAAUUUCAGCUUUAACUUCACCAAAAACCUGACCAUGAGUGCACAUACGUUGUGAUGAUGGCUCUUACCAGCAAAAACUCGUCACAGUCAGGUUCAAAGUUCACCAUGAUAAUUGCAAUAUUGGUUGAACUAGGUCUCAUUGGCAUGGCAUCAACAAUAUAACUUUUUCUUGGUGGCAGGCAUACAACAUGUACAUGCACAAUAUAGCAAAAUCUGUCAUUUUUUGAAGGACAUGCAGGUUCAUGUUGCACUUAUUUGAUAUAUAUCGUGAACUUUGUGUCAUCAGUAUACAUAUUCAUUGCCUCGUAAUAGUCUGGAUAUUGUUAGCUUGAUUCAUGAACCGUAAUAUUGUACAUAAAGCUACAUGUAAUAUGAGUGUAGCCUGAUUAGGUGAUCAUCAGUCAUGUCAGUGACAAAGUGGUUAAGAGUGCUUGGUUACUAGAUAGGACGAGGACUGGAGGUUGGUUGUAGGUUCAACUCAAAAGAGCUCCACUGUUUCAUCUCUUGUGGCCUUGAGAAAGGCACCUUCUCUUCAUUACUUGUCUCCACCAAAGAAUGUACAUGGCUUGCCUCAGAAGUUAACCCAACACAGAUUAAAUCUUUCCUUUGGAGAAGAAAUGUUUACAUGUUUUCAUGAAGGUAUUGCAGGAAAUGUAAUUCCUUGAAGUUGACAUCACCCAGAUUGUAUGUUAUUGUCAAAUUUUCGUUUUAUUCAGUCAGUUGUGGUAGUCUUCACUGAAUGCUGAAAAUUUGUACAAAGUGUUGCUACAUGUUUAUUCACAUUAUAUGUUUAUUAUUUAUUUGAGAUAUUGUGCACCUUGUAGUCAGUGAAUUCAAAUUUGAACAAUUCAUAUUUUGUUUGAGUCAAAUUUUAGCUGUGCCACUUUAAUAGUAUACAAAACGUUUCGUAACUGUAGCGUAUGUGAUUGAAAUUGUGCAAGAGCCCUGGUGGCUCCCGACAGUGUUUGUUUAAUCUUUUGUGUUCAGUUUGUUUCGAAUUCCAAGAAGCACUUGCUGUGGAUGCUGAAGAUCAUAGACUUGAAACUGAAACUGAAAAUUGGAUAUUUUAUGUAAAAUUUCACAUUCAUAUUUCAGAAAAAGUUUUUUGGGUUAAAUUUUUGUUGACAUAUCAUUUUGAAGCAUGGUAAUGGUAGAAGGGUAAUGUUUCAAGAAAUAGCUCUGUUGAAUAACAACUUGGUUAAAUUCUUGCAACUAACUUUUGGUGGAAUCAAAGAUAAGUAUUGUUGUUAUGACUAUGAGGUCAAUCCUUUAGCUACCACACCUGGGGAAUGUACCAGAUUCGUACACUUUCAGUGGAAUAGACCUUGGCAUUGUUAAAAAAUUUAUGUUUGAUGAGAAGUGUUUGAUGUGUGUAAAGAUGUGAUUAAAGACGAGUUUGAUAGACACUGUAGCCUUGCUCAGUCAAGGCAAUCUGUGGUAGACUAGAAUGCAGAAGCCAGGCAGAUCAGAGUAAGCUACACAAAGCUGCUGAUGGUGGUCUCCUAUCUCACAGUAAACAAACAUCAAAACUAUUCUUGUUGGUGAGGAAUAUAAUUAUCGCUGGAUCAACCACAACCUUGUCUAGUUAGUAUUGAGAACUGUACUCAUAUUAGCAAGAAUUAUGAGGAAAAAGAAAGUGGAAGCCAUACUACAGCAUCUUAUCUUGUAGUACUGCAUGUAUACAUGUACAUGGUGUGCCGAAUUCUUACAAUAGGGGGCUUUUACAAGAGAAAGCGGCUCCUAUUCAAUUACUGCAGCUCUCAUUGGCUGGUUGUUGCAUAAUUUUGGGCAUAAACUGAAGCCUCAAGUGCUUGUUAGUUGUACUAAUAGUCAGGUAUUGGCAUUUUAAUGAGGUUGUGAAUCACCUCUGAGAGCAUGAAAGCAAAUGGAGCUUUCAGAGCUAAAUUAGAAAUCAGUUUAUUCGUCUUUGUUCUAAAGUUCAGCAAAAUUUGGGAAAAAUGAUGUUAUUUCUGAAGUUCCAAAUUCUUGGUCACACAGAGACCACCAAUGCUACCCGAAGAUCUUGCCUGUAGUCCCCAUAUUAGUUUGUCUUUGACAAGUCAUUCAUGAAAAUAAAACUCUGUUGAAUAGGCUUUAGCCUAGUGCUUUUUGAUUUGCUUGGAAUUAUGGUUCCGUUAUGUGUGUAAAAAAUUGUGACAAUUUGCUUGAAAUAAAAUGGUAUAACUAGUCAA